AUGGCGGUCGAUUGGCUCCUUGAGCAAUGGUUCCCAAACAUUUCGAUCGGGCCCAAGGUGCGGAUUGCUUGCGAUGGCCUCUCUGCUAUUGAGAUGGCUUUUGAAGAUCGUCCACUGUCUCCAACUGAUGCCCAGUUUGACCUGGUAUUGUCCAUUUGGGAAGCGGUCCUUCGGUCCUCGGUGGAUUGGUCGCCCCAGCACGUGUAUGGACACCUCGACAAGUCCAAUCUCUUUGACGAACUUUCUUGGUGGGAGAAACGGAACCUUGAGGUGGAUGGUAUGGCGGUGGAGUACCGUAAGGAACUUGAGACGGCUCAUCACCUUAUAGCCCCCAACCCUCGUUUUUUCACUGAACUUGCGGCAAU